CCAACUUCCCAUUUGGGGACUCAAUGCACAACAGGUGUGUGAACUCCAUCGCGUCCGAAUACAUCCUCCGACGUCUGAUCGACGAUUUCGGGGGGACUUACUGAUUUAUUCGCGGUUUUGUCUUUUCGUUAUCUCAAUUUUGGGGUAACGAAGCAAAUUUUUUGAGUUUGGAUUAAAUUUCAAAUCGAUUAUCAUCUCAUCGUCCAAGAAGACAGUGCAACAAAAUGUUCCCAGGCAGUAUCUAUCGGUAAUUAAAGAAAAUGUGAUCUCGAACCUGGAGGCUGCUCAGGAUGGCUUUUUUGUGCCCAGUUCGUAUACGUCGAGGAAAAAAAAAGAAACCUGGAGCCCAUAAUUUUAGCUUGGAAAAAGAUGGGGGUGGCGGUGGUGCUGGGGGUGUUGGAUUGGGAUCUAGAGUCCCUCUGCCCCCAGGACGCAUCACAGGAAGUGCCAGUAUCGAGACGUUAGUAAGAGUUGGUAUCGAAAAAGAGAACGGAUUAUCACCGGACAGCAAGAUGGUUAUCGUCCAUGAUUUUACACCCUGUGUAGAUGACGAAUUGCAAGUAAAGAGGGGGCAGGUGGUGAAUAUAUUGUACAGAGAGAAUGAUUGGGUUUACGUCAUAGCGGCGGAUACUCGUAUGGAAGGGUUCGUUCCGCACUCGUACUGCGCCCCAUACGCAUCACAAUUGGCUGAGUCGACACUCGCAACUCUGAUGAAUAAUGUUAAAAAAAAGCUUCCACGUUCGAACGAGAACGAUCUUGAUACAUCGAACGUUUCUCGCUCCCAAACGUUGCAGGACAUGCAACAGACCGAUGCUGGCUCUGCUUCGGAUUGCGAGAGCUAUGUCAGGCAUAAUAUAACUACAACGGAUGCUACCAUCAAUCGUUCGAACGUUGCCCAAUCCCAAAAUUCUCUGCAGAGCACAUCCUCGCAACCCGAUGUGCAUCCCUUCUUCAAGGAUCCGUCAGCAGGAAGAUAUAUAGUGCUAUACACAUUUGUCGCAAGAGAUGAAAACGACGUGAGUGUUGAUCGGGGAGAGUUUGUCACCGUUCUGAACAGAGAUGAUCCUGACUGGUUUUGGGUCCUUCGACAUUGCGAUGGCAACGAGGGUUUCGUACCGUCUGGUUUCGUUUAUCCGGGACACAUACUCCAUUCCCAUACCGCCACGGACCCCCAUAGCUUAGGAACAGGAAACGGGAAUGUAACAGGAAGCGAAUCACUUCAGCAGAAGGAUCUUCGGGAUUUCCGGGACGAGACUAGCGGAACAGAGCUAGUGGUUCUUUACGAUUAUAAAGCGCAAGCCCCGGAUGAUCUCUCGGUGAGAAGAGCUGAUUGGAUUUACGCAGAUCUCGCGAAUCAAACAGUAGACGGAUGGCUGUGGGCGUAUGCCCCGAAGACUCGGAAAUACGGUUUUAUUCCGAAGGCAUACGCUCGCCCCCCAGCAAUGACUAGCCUAUAACGCUCCGGUAAUUAAUAUAAUUAAUAAUUAUCAAAUGACUAAAAAUAUUUAGUGAGAGAUUUAAUUGGAUCAGACCUCACUGAAUUAAUUAUAUUACUGUUAUGUACUCUUA